AAAUACAACUUGACAUCCUUCCUGUACAUAUGUGCGGUGGUUCACACGGCAAUAGAUCUGUGGUACAUAACUUGGUGGCAAGGUCAAUGAUACAGGCACUACAGGGCCACGAGCUAGCUUGAUUAGCGUCCCUUAUCUCCACAUACAUAUAACUCUCAAGCAUCGACUUCUCAAGUUUCAUUACAUGACCAUGACAGAUCCACCAGCUUGCGGUGUUGCGAUUCAGCAAGAUAAUGGGCUUUCCUCAUAUCUUCCGCUUGAAGAGUCACAAGUGCAGGCACGGAUUGUUGACGCUACUGCGCAGGUUAUUCUGACUCAAGUCUUUUCCAAUCAUGGUUCUCGACACAAGACAUCGCAGACUCGCUAUGUAUUUCCUAUACCGGCUCGUGGGGCAGUUUGUGCCUUUCAGAUGCAAACAGAAGAUGGUCGAGUCAUUCGUGGCAUUGCGAAAGAGCGCAAUCAAGCGGCUGCAGAACAUGCGCAAGCCAUCCAGGCUGGCAAAUUGACCAGUUUGGUGGAAUGGUCCACCGAUGACGUGUUCACGAUUUCGCUCGGUCCCGUCCCUGGAGGUCAGAGGAUUCGGACUAUGCUCACCUAUGUCCUGGACCUCUUAGAUGACGAUGCUCAGGAUCGGAUCCGAUUUCAACUUCCCACGUACAUUGGAGCACGCUACGGUGAUGUUCCGAGAGGUGUAUUGGGCGGUAUGCAAGCGGAUUCUCGAACGCGAGUUACAAUCUCGGUUGUGAUUCAGACUCAAGGAGAGGUCAUCAAUAUUUCCAGUCCAACACACUGCUCAAUUAUAGUGACGUCCGGCAAAUACGGCGGGAAGGUGGUGGUGUUCAAAUCCCAAUUCUUCCUCCAAGAGGACUUCGUUUUAAGCAUUGAUGCAGAAGGUCUCGACGGUCCAAGAGGUUUUGUAGAGCGCCACCCAACGCGUACAGACUCAAUUGCUAUGCAGUUGACUGUUCUUCCGAGGUUCACCCUUCCACCCAUUCCUUCGCAAGAGUACAUAUUCUUGGUGGAUUGCAGCGGAAGCAUGAGAGGCGCCCGUAUCACCACAGCGAAAGAAAGCUUGGCAGCCUUGCUGAGAAGUCUUCCUCAGCGAGGCACCAUGUUCAACGUUAUUAGGUUUGGUUCGAGCUGUGUUAAGUUGUUCACUUCAAGCAAGGUCUAUUGCGAAGGUACCUUUGGGGAGGCAGACAAGUUCAUCAACGGUACGGAUGCAGACCUGGGCGGGACGGAGAUACGCACUGCACUUCAGCAAGUAUUCAGAUCUCGCAAUACAUCGAUUCCGACAGCUGUUUUUGUCUUGACUGACGGGGAGGCAUACGAUAUUGAUGCCACAAUCUCUGACGUCUCUAAAGAGGCAGAAAAGGCGAAGGAGAACGCACGUCUCCGAGUGUUUACGCUGGGUAUCGGUAGCACUGCGUCCUCAGCCAUGUGCGAAGGAAUCGCACGAGCUGGUAAUGGCGUCUGCUUGAUGACUGCUACCACAGAGGGGAUACCCGGGAAAUGUGCGAAGUUGGUCACGGCCGCGAAAUCAUAUCUUCUUCGCAACAUCAGCAUCGAGUGGGGUGUACCGUCCAGUGACGUUUCGCCGUUCGGCCGACGACGAGGAGAGGAGGCCACAGUACAACAAGUUCCAGAACGUAUCGAAACGUUGUAUCCUGGACUUCGAUUUAUUGCGUUCGCCCUUAUUCGAAGCGCUCGAGGUGUAUUACCACGUGAAGUCGUCGUUCGCGGUCAGCGAGAUGGAGCCGGCGAAGUUAUCGAAAUGAGAAUCCCCGUAACGGAGUCAUGCGCAGACAAAUCAGAGCCGCCUCUCAUCCAUACUCUUGCUGCUAAGAGGCUUAUCACGGAGUUGCAAGACGAUCGAGGAAACAGAGGCCAAAUUCUAAGUGAAGAAGAUAAGGAAGUCCGCACCAUCAGCCUUGGUACGGAGUAUCAAUUGGCAAGCCGAUAUACCUCGUUUAUUGCUGUAGAAGACGGCAAGGAAAUUACGUCGCCAUACCACGACAAAUCAUCACACUAUGCCGCAGAAGAAUACCGUACUCGCUCCGGAUUCUCGCGUAUAACAAUGGACCCACAGCCCCCUACUGCUACUCGUACGCUUAAAAGCUUUUGCGAGUCGUACGAUGGUAGCGAAGAAGAAUAUAGCUCUCACCCGAAAACUACACAACAGGAGAGGGGAUGGGAAGCUAGGGGCAGGUCGACUCCACCCCAGUCCUUUGGAUCGGCACCUCGCCCUCCCGCAGCACAUGGGGGGAUUUUUCGGAAAUUUUCCUUUCGAAACCCGCUGUCUGUCAUCAGCAGAUCAUCUUCAAGGGACGUGUUGCCACUUCAGGCUUCACCCGCUCUGCCAGAAGGGUUUCGUCCCAGAGGAAGAAAAUGCCCAGUAACCACGGUGGUACCUCCACCCACUGUCCCCGUGGCUCAAUCAUCCUCUUCAACUGCAAAGCCUAAUACCAUCCAGCCUACACAAGACGAUGUGUUUGCUCUCAUUCGACUCCAGUCAUUCAAAGGAUCUUUCCCUAUGAGCGAGAAAUUUAUUCAAAUCGUCGGACAGGCCGCUGCUAGCCUGUAUCAUGACCUACACAUAGAGAAGGAUAGCUGGACGACUAUCCUCGCUAUUGCCUAUUUGCAGAAGUACCUGAAACGUCAACCAGAAUUGCUACAAAGUCUCGUUGAGAAGGCUGCCGAAUUUGUGUCGGGAAACGGACUUCCAGCUGGUCUCGAUUUCAACGUUUUGCUCGAUCGUGCGAAGAAUGUAAUCUAGGAUGCUCAUCGAGAUGUGUGCAGCUAAACGACCCUCAAGUGUAGCAAUGCUCGCACCCGCCCCGAAAGAAUAAAGAUGAAUUGUAUGGCACGAUAUUCACUUCCUCAGAUGCUUCAUACUCACCCCGUGACGAUCCUCCGGCUUCGUUUCCCUUUGUGAUUUCCCUGUAUACUACAGAUUGGAUCCGGAUUGCGAAAGUUCUGGCUUAUAUUUACACUCGUCCAACUGAGGCCACGCCGAUCGCCUGCUGCGCAGCUAACGAAGACAAUCCAAAUACUUCG